AGGGAACACUCUGGCUGUUGCGGCGGGACCGAGCGGUUGAGCACCGCAGGCGCUACACGUCUGUCGUCCUCCACCACACUCAGACAAUCGGUCACUGGUUCCCUCGCUCCUUGCCGCACUUACCAUCCUCACACCCUUUCCUCCAUCACCGCCAUCCUGCAAUUCCCAUUCUCUUACCUACACGUAUAGUCACCAUUACAUUCUCCAACUUUUGUCGUACAACAUAAUUUCUUGUGAAUUCUACUCACUCCCUUCGUUAACUUGAAUCACCACACACACACCGCCGUUCCAUUGCACCACCACAUUCCCCUCCCUCAGACAGGCUUGGGUGAGAGAGCCCGGCGGCCAGUGAUCUAGCAUAUAAAUAGCAGCCAACUUGUACUGCCAUUAACGCAGCGUGAGAUACGCGACCUCUGCCACUCCCGCUCCUCAGGCAGCAGUUCUGCGUGGAAACUGAGUUUUGGCAUGAGUGACAUUUAACUGUAGGUCGCUGCACAGGAGCACUGAGAAGUGGGUCCGUGGUCUUUACCUCUCCCCAUUAGCGUUAAAGGAGACAUAAAAGCUCGCACGCUGUGAAAGAAGCAAAAAGGUGUUUGCGGCGAGGCGCGAGGCUGUCACGAAGGGAGAGAUGAACAACAUGGAGACAAGGAAGAAUUGGGGAGCAACUGCUGUCCUACCACUCCUCCUCUUGACGCUGACGCCCACCCCAACACCGGCGGACGAUCCAGGAAUGAACCCCUUGACCUCCGUGCUGAGAGAAAUUACGGGUCAGCUGGACAGGUUUAACUCACUCUACAUUAACAAGCUGGAGAGGGAGUUGUCAGCCAGCGCGGCGAGAAUGGCAGCGUUAGAAGCAAUGGUGAGGGGAGUGGCUGAUCGAGCCGCUGCCUGGGACAACAUCCAGAACCAUAUGGCAGUGUGGACCGACCAGUCACGAACCAUGGAGCGCAAACUGGACCUUCUCAAUAGGUGCCACGAGAAACAGGCUUCAUGGGAGGAGCGGCUCAGCGCGGUAGACGCCCUAAACCACAAGCUGACAGCUCUUGAUAAGAAAAUCAACGCCAUGACGCGAUUGGAGUUCAAAGUUGAGCAAGUGUCGGAAAGGGUGGAAGAGGUGGACUCGACGGUGAAGUGGGUGAAGAAGAGAAUGGGCACCCCGGACCAUCCCGUGCUGACAGAGUUUGCGGGACGCGGGGUGCUCUCCUCCCUCCUCAACAUCGAACACAAGCUUGGCAACCUCUCGCGUCACAUCCCUGACCAAGGAACCAAUGAAAGAAGGUUUCCGACCUACCACAGAGCGAGGAUGCUUGGAUCGAGAGGGCGCCCCAGCAGACCUGAGGUGGAGCCUGAGCCCGGCCCGCCCUUCCCCCCGCAAGACCAAACCUUCACCAGCGACCAGCAGGGUAAUGGCAGAAUGUGUGUGCUACACCCAAGUGACUCCCGCCGCCUACAGGAUGUUAGCGCUAAAAUGGAUCUCGUUUUUGAUCGCCUGACAGAUCCUGACUACGAAUAUGACUCCUUCAUCAGUCAAGUGCAACAGAGAGCUGCCCCGUUCAGCGCCGCUCCCCAACAUCAAGAAGAGGACGAGGACACUACUCCCGAGCGCCUCUUCGCCAAAUUCUGGAAAAGUCUGUUUUCACCUUUCAAGAACCUGAAGAGGAGACUUCAUGGAUUUGAAGCUCAACUAAAUUUAGUGCACAGGUCAUGCAAUGAAUCUGCAGUCGGUGGAAGGGAAACAUCAGAGGCGAUGAGCCGUGGUUUGGCUCCUCUCGGGGAAGAAGUGAGACAAGCAGCACAAGACUCAAGGGAAGCAAUGGCUAAUCACGCAGCCUCUAUGCAUAAAGUGGCCCAGAGCGUGAGUCAGGCGGCCUACGUGACUGAUCAGGUGUUGGCCGAGGUGAGAGGAGGCUUCCAGGCACUAGAAUCAGCUCUAAGAGAGGGUUUCACCACCACUAGAGACCUCAUCCUGCAGUACUGCUCCAGCGAUCAUCCCCGCCAGCCGCUCACGCCAACACCCACCUUGCCCAGAGCAGAGGACGAGCGACAUCAGCACCUCCAGCAGGCCGCCCGCAGACAUCGCUAUAACACUCGCUACUCGUACAACGUGUACAUCCCCGUCAGCAGCAGGUGGGACAGGAAGAAGGGCCCUGGCCCACGGCCUGGCAAGACACUCCAGCGACGUGGUGGGAAGUUGAGGGCGGGUGGCAGGAGGCGGGGACGGCGCGCGGCACCCGCCACACAUCUCAGCACGAAUGAUGGCAACGACGACAGUAAUUAUGAUGUCAAAUACAACGUCAACGAUGGAGUGGUAACGAGAGCGAAUAUGGAAGCCAGGGACUGUUCCGACUUGCUGACACAGAGCUACACCCGCUCAGGCGUGUACUCUUUCACCCCCUCCUCCCUUCAUCAAAACUCCUAUGGUCAUGACUACUACACCAGGUAUUGUGACCAGGAAAUAGGCGGUGGAGGAUGGACAGUGGUACAGCGGCGGGGUCUCACCGGUCCACCCUUCCUGAAUUUCACGCAGAACUGGUAUGCCUACAAGGAUGGCUUUGGGGAUCUGACGCGGGAGUUCUGGUGGGGCAACGACAACCUCUACAGGCUCACCUCGGAGCAAAGGAUGAUGAUUCGUUUUGACCUAUGGGACUUUGAAGGCAACUACGCUUACGCCGAGUAUCUGACUUUCAGCAUUGGGCACGAAGAUGAUGACUACCGGUUGCGGGUAUUUGACUACAAUGGUAAUGCGUCUGAUAGCUUCUCGGCGCACAAUGACUACCUUUUCUCCACCUUUGACCGUGACAAUGAUAAGGCACCAGAAUGCUGCCCCUGUGCACAGGCUUACGGAGGAGGGUGGUGGUUCUACAGCUGCUUCGAGAGUAACCUGAACGGAGAAUAUUACACUCAUCCCCGAGAGCAUGAGUACCGAGGUAUAAUAUGGGAGAUGUGGCUCGGCGACUACUCGCUAUGGGCCACCGAAAUUAAGAUCCGCCCAGCAUCCUACUCUUUCUCCAGCAGUAGUGGUCGCGGUGGGGACAUACCCACCCAACCUCAGCCUCCAACCUACCCACCCUCAGCCUACCCUCCCUUGCCUGAGCUUCCCCUCCGUCAACAGUGAUACGAGUAACAGUACUUCUCUCCUUCCUUGCAGUCUGUUUUUUUUUUUCGUUUUUUCUUCUUGUUUGUGCCUUCCUGUCCACCACUACUUUCACAGUUUCUUCCUCAAGUGCUUCCACAAUUUUCUUUCUUUUCAUUGAUAUACUCCUUUGCACUAUUUUUCCACUGCCGUCCUACUCCUGCCUGGAUAAAUAAUCUUCCCCACCACCUGUAUCCGUGCCCCUACUCUUUACUCCUGGUCAGUACACCUAGCAAUUAUGUAGUUUCGUGGAUAUUCACUAAAUCAACGUGCGAAUACACAUGUGGUAUAUAGAGCGCACAUGCCAGUUUAGAAACUGAAUGAAUGAAAUGAAUCUGAAAUAUUAAUGGUUUUGUUAGGAAUGAAAGCAACUUAAUUUAGAUUUAACUAUUUUAUCUGUUAUUUACUUAUCAUGAAUACGGAAAAGCUACACACACCUUUUCCUAUCUGUAGUUGCUGACGAGACUUAAAAAGUUUCUUUCAUUGCUACAUCUCAUAGUGUGUGUAGUUAAUACCAGCGCCUGUUGUGCACACAUAGUAUUUUUGGCAUGCUAACCAAGGGAAUGAACACGGUAAGUCUUCAGGGAAAAACUUAAUGGACAAGAGUUACUAAGGAUGUUAAGUGUAUGUCUGGUGUAAUCCUGAUAAAAUUCAUGUAUUUUCAAUGUUAAUGCAUUUCUUAAUGUGUCUUCUCCUUGGCUGGAAGAAUGAGACACCAAAAUACAAUGUUCUUUCCUCUCUUAUGUGAAUUGUCCCAACAUAUCGCAUCCCAGUGUACUUAAUUUUCAUUAUAUAUAUAUAUAUAUAUAUAUAUAUAUAUAUAUAUAUAUAUAUAUAUAUAUAUAUAUAUAUAUAUAUAUAUAUAUAUAUAUAUAUAUAUAUAUAUAUUAAUUACCUACUUUUAGCAGUACAAACUGUACGUAUAACUUCAAGUAUAUUGUCGUACUGUGCCGUAAUUUACAGUAAUGCAUGUAUAAACUUUAUUAAUUAUUAAUAUGGCAUUAGUCAACAAAUUAUGUAGUUGAAUUUUAUCUUCAAUAAACUGCCAUUUCAUCCA